AACCCACUGAGUGCCACCCUGUCCCCACUGUAUGUACCCAGUGGAAAGGCAGGGAAUGACUCGUGGCACACUACUGACAAGUCUACGUAAAAGAGAGUUCUGUCCUACUAGGCCCCAACUCCAAUCCCUUCUCUAGGGGUUGCUUUAGAAAGUAGAGAACCUAAGCUCCUAGGAAAUGGUUGGCCAUCCUUCCCUAGGUGGGGAUGUGACCUUCUGGGACCCCAGAAAACAAGCACUGGUAAACACACGUACACACACACACACACACACACACUCACGCACGUACGCACACCUGGAAGGACUGUGGGCCUGGAUCAGAGGAGCAGCAGAAUCAGAGGAGGUGAGAAGUUGAAGUCAAUGUGGUUGGAUAAACUUCCAACAGGUGACACCGCUGCUCCAAUUUCACAGGUAUCAUCCCACAUAUGCCUGAGGACAUCCUGAGGACAUCCCGAGGACAUGCUAGAAUGAUCUCCACUGGGCGGAAAAGACACGGACCAUCCCUGAGAAGCACGGUCGCGAAUCUGGGACCAGAAAGAGGCACCGGGGCUCUGGAUACCAGAAACCCCAGUGCGCAGGAUUACUCAGAUGUUGGAGAGGUUUCCUUAACCCACGCUGGCGAUGCCUCAGGAUGUUUUCCAGGAGGUCACAUAAGAGCCACAUGCCACAGAUGGAGGAGAAGCUGAAUGAGAGCCCCUGCUCUUCUUCCCUGAAGGAAAGGAGGAAGCCCCAUGCCAUCAGCAGGAAGCCACGCUGGCUCAGGGGUACAAAGGUCACACCCGGGGAUGAUAAUGAGAACUGUGUGCGGUGGACCAUCGAUGCAGGCCUGCUGAAGCAGCGAGUGGAACACCUCGUGCCGGCCUUCCUGGGGAGAGACCCCACGUACGUCUCCACCUUCUUGGGCACGUACCCAACUUUUACUACCACCCAGCAGGUCCUGGAAGUGUUGUUUAUGAGAUACGGAUGCUUCCAUUCGGACGCUGAGGAGGAUGGCGGACCCCGGGAGCAGGAGAAACAGGCCAUCUCCUCCAUCCUGGGCACCUGGCUGGAUCACUACCCCGAGGACUUUUUCCAGCCUCCAGAUUUCACCAGCUUGAAGUUGCUGGAGGCAUAUGUAGGGGUCCACAUGCCGGGCUCCGAGCUGCAGCGCCGCGCCCGCCUUCUCUACUCAUGGCGGAAACACCGUGAGCCCAAUGAGCCAGAGUCUCUGGGCGAGGAGGACUCUGGGUGGGAGAUGUGGGCAUGUGGAGGGGACGGGGUAGGCCACAGAGAACAUGUUUCCCGAGACUGCAGGUGGGCCAGGCGUAGGGACUAGUCUCAGGUCACUGUUCCAUUAGCCUGCCGUCUGGCAGAUUUCCUCCUGGUGGGUUCCUUGACUCAGAUGACCAUGUGUGCGGGAGAGGUUUCCUGGCAUGGAAUGGCAAUCACGGUGAUGACACUUUCUAAUCUUGAAGCUUUGGCAGCAGCUCUAGAGCCCCGUCCUGACGUCCCUCGGGAGCGAGCCCCCGCUAUCUCUGCGGUGCCCACUGCAGCCUCGCAGCCCAGGCUGCCUGAAGCCACCAGUUCUCCUGAAGCUCCGCGUGUACGAGAAUCGGAGACCCUCACGGCAGCGUCCCCACCAGGGCAUGAGGUACUCCCAGCUCUGGCUGACAGUCAGGAGCUGGAAGAGCCACCUGCCCCUUUGGUGGCCCCAGAGCAUGAGCAGUCCCCAGCCCCAGCCGGCGGGGUCACGGAAGGGCUGGAGCAACCACCUGCUGCGGCUGAGCCACCAGCCUCAGCUCCCCAACAGCGGCUCAUGUCGGCUGCAGCCCCAAACGAUGAAUUCCCUGACCUUGUCAUUGCGUUCUUUGUCAUUACUGUAGUUGUUAUAGAGGUAUUUACUGUCCUUAUAUAUUAGUGUUUUAUAAAUAAAAGAUAAACUAAGGUCCAAACAA